UCUGUUGUAUGUUUAUUCAAAUAUAUUUUUAUUGUUGGUACGGUCAAGACAUAGUGCUAAAGAGCAUAGAGAUAAGCGUUUCAUACUAUUUGACAAAUUGGUACAAUGCCUACUCGUCAAAUGUUCGGACUUACCUCUUUCUGUUCAUGGAACGGAGUAAACGUCCACUUGUUCUUCGCGCAGGUGGUGUAUUUCCUUUAACUUUGAGUACGUUGAUGUCGAUUCUCAGGUCAUCUUAUUCAUAUAUGGCAGUUUUACAGAGGCUCAAUAAAAAGUGAUUCAAGGGACAGAGUAGAAUCAACCCAAUUACUCUAGUCCUGACACGUUGGUCACAUAAACAGCAUUCGACAUCAUUUACCAUCGCUGAUCUACCUGACAGUUUGUUUGAAAUAUUUUGAGAUAUA